AUGUCAACUAUAGCCUCUCCCCGCGCCAGUUCCUCAGUCCGCAGCCCCUCAUUAACCCGCACCUCAAUCGACAGCAGCUCGUCGCAUCGCCCACCCCCAGCCGCACGCCGAAACCGCGCCGCUCUUCGCGAAUUCUACGGCCUCAAGAAUGCUCCCAGAGACGCAACACCAGAUGCCAGGAUAUCCGAAGAAUCUUCAGCAACACAGCUUGGGCCAGAAGAAGACGAGACACUCACAGAGCUCGACGCUGCCGACUUCAACGCAGAAGCCUUCGUAGAGAGUUUACUUGCAAAAGAAGGCCUGAAGGGCGUUUUGAAGGUAGAGGCAGACUUGGUAUCUCAGAUCAGGAAUCUAGAUAGCGAUCGCAAGUCCCUGGUCUACGACAACUAUUCCAAGCUGCUCUCCGCAACUAGCACCAUCCGACGCAUGCGCGGCAACAUGGACCCUCUCGCACCGACUACGCAUACCCUCGGCCCCGCCAUAUCACACAUCGCCGAGACAGCCGCUUCCCUAUCAUCCUCGCUACAGGGUAGCCAUCAGUCAAAAGAAGAAGGAUUAGGCAUAAGCAUACGUGUUGAGCAAGAUGAGAAAGACAAACUGGACAUGAACAAGAAGCGGAGACAACAAGACACGGUCAGGUGGGUAUUGGACACACCGCGACGUCUGCAGGACAUGAUAGAUCGAGACCAAGACGACGACGCAGAAAAGGAGUGGCAAGAGGUCAGUAGGAUACUCGACAAGUGGAAAGGUGUCGCUGGCGUACAAGAGCUCAGGGAGCAAUGCGAAGCCAUUAUGCAGGAUGAAGACGACGAGGAAGACGAAUCAGAAUGA